UUCAGUCGACGAGUAUCAGCUGACGUAUCAGCUGAUCUUUUGAUAACCUCAACGUAAUCGUUGAAAGCACUCUCGUACACGUAAACAAAUAGAGAGUCCGAACGAUAUCAGUGUACCAGUAUUUAUCAUCUCAGUUCGACCGAGCUGAAUAAAAAAAAUCAUCAAAAAUGCAGUGAGACGGACGGAUAUAUUAUUCUAUUGUAUGAGUCGGCGUUCAAAACAUGUCCAGUCCAGGAGAUGUGACGGAAAAUCUGACGGUACAAGUGAACGAGCUGCAAGCUUUGCAGUCCGUCUACCCGAACGAGCUCAUCGUGGCGGACUAUGGGGUUUUGGCUGACAUCAACGAAUACAUUGAGCGCCCUGAUCGAGAACCACCCCGAUGGUUGGAAUACGCUAUCGCGAUCCCAUUGAACGGUAGGAAUAUUGAGCUGCUAAUCAACUUGCCAACCAACUAUCCACAAGAGCAGCCUGAUGUCUAUGUGAGAAGCUCUUGCUUGGAUAGAACGCAACAGUGCCUACUGAACAAGGAGUUGUCUAAUAUUGUCAAAGCCCAGGAAGCAGGGGAGCCUUGCAUUUAUACAUUGAUAUCGUGGCUGCAGGAUAAUGCGGAAACUUAUCUCGAGGCUUCCGCGUGUAAUCAAGCAAUUAAAUGUAAUGACACAACUAAGAAUGACAUGGAAGAGACACGGACUGUGGCAACUUUCUCCAGAUAUUGGAUUUACAGUCAUCACAUAUACAGCAAAUUUAAACGACGAGAUGUAGCGAAUUUGGCAAAGGAGAAUUCCAUCACAGGAUUCUGCUUAGCUGGCAAACCUGGAAUCAUUUGCAUGGAGGGAAGUCGGGAAGAUUGCGACUAUUGCUGGCAAAAAAUUAAAGCUAUGAACUGGCACAGGAUAUUAAUAAAAUUAUUGGAAAAAGAGGAAGAUUGCAAUGACGUGGACAGCAUGCGCAGGUUUACAGAUUUUCAAGAGGUCUCCUUUCCUACCACUGAACGUCACAAUGAUAUGGGUCAACUUCUCAAAUAUCUAACAGAUCAUAACUGUCAGCAUGCAUUUAAGGAACUUUUUGGUAUCGAAGGAAAGUUCAACAAAUUCUCAGAUUGAUAUAAUUACAUUAAAAUAUAUUCUUAUAUAUAUAAGAAUAUUAAUAUUAAA